CCGGUGCCGGUUGCAGGCGUGCAGAUAGCGGGGUGGGGAAAGGAGGAGGACCGACGCGUUUAUUAUUAAAACUGUGUCUGUGUCAUGUUUUAAAAAGAGUCUGAGCGACCGUGAAGAUGUUGACAGACAUGAUUGUGGAGGAAGAAUUUGAGAUCAAGGAGGAGGAACCGUGGUACGACAAGCAAGACCUUGAACAUGACCUGCAGCUGGCAGCCGAGCUCGGGAAGAGUCUCCUGGAGAGAAACAGGGAGCUGGAGCAAGGCCUGCAGCAGAUGUACUCCACCAACCAGGAACAACUGCAGGAAAUCGAGUACCUGACGAAGCAGGUGGAUCUCCUCAGGCAGGUCAACGACCAGCAUGCCAAAGUGUACGAGCAGCUGGACGUGUCGGCCCGAGAGCUGGAGCAGAGCAACCACAAACUGGUGCUGGACAACAGGACGGCCCAGCAGAAGAUCCAGGGGCUGACAGAAACGGUGGAGCAGCUGCAGACGCAGGUGGAGGAGCUGCAACAUCAGGUGGAGGAGCUGAAGCUGAGUCCUUGCCAGCCUCCACACAGAGAGAAGUGGCCUCCUCGCGGCACUCAGAGCGUGUCCUGUCUGAAAGAGCUGCAAAACGCACUCAGGUAUGACUAUGACCCCCAUGAACCCUCAGACGGCCUUCAGUCCUCCGACAUGUCGUGGCACGAGGAGGAGCAGGCGUCGCUACGACAAUCCCUCCGCGCCCUUCAGACUCAGUUUGCCAGCGAGCGCGCCCGGCGGGAGGAGUCGGAGCGAGAGGCCGAGCUGCUCGCCAGAGAAAAUUCAACGCUGGAGCAGCAGCUGGCUGGGAUGGAGGGGUGUCAGGCCAGAGUAUCAGAGCUGGAGCGUGAGGCGGAGGAGCUCCGUCAGCUCUGGAAAUCAGAGUCCUCCACACGAUCCACCAGGCCAGACGUCAUCCACAGCCUGCUGCCCAACUCUAUGUUCCUCAACCCGGAGGAGGAGAGUGACGCAGUGAAAAGCCCCUGGGUCCUGAAGCGCUGGGACAGUGAGCGGCUGUUGAAGGUGGCGCAGACGCACGACUCCCCUGACAAGAUCUACGACCACGAGUGCUCCUGCGUGCGCCGGGCCGAGGUGGUGAAGUUCCGCGGGAUCUCGCUGCUGAACGAGGUCGACGCCCAGUACAGUGCCUUGCAGGUGAAGUACGACGAGCUGCUGCGGCGCUGCCACCUGGGGCCGCCGGAGGAAGAGCAGGAUGAGCAGAGCCACAAGUCAGUCCAGACUGCAUCCCUCGCCACCGCUUGUCCUGCUCUGACAGACAUCGAGGACUUUGAGGAUGACUUCCACCAGCCGGAGUACAAGGAACUUUUUAGGGAAAUUUUCACCCGCAUUCAGAAAACCAAAGAGGACCUGAUUAAAAACAGAGGGAGAGCCUCAGCUGGAGCAGAGCUGCCGAUUUUGCAUUAGUUGCUUCAAAAAAAAAAAGAAAAAGACCUGCUGCAAGAUUAAUUAUUGUCUUCCAGUUUCAAAGCGACUCUUUGGAAAGACUUUUUACAGCAGCACUUGAAGCUAAUUAACUCUACUGUAUGUUAUUUGCCCAGAAAUGGAAGAUCGCCACGCAAAGAAGGGUUCAGAGAUACGAGUGAUGCAGGAACAGGAAAGGCCAAACACCACCAGCUCAUGUCUCAGAUGUGGCUCACUUUGCACAGAAACACCAGUGCCUAACGCCGCCGGCUCCACUGUACAAUCACUCUACCUCACUUUGCACAACCCUGCUCACAAACAGGCUCCUGGGGAAAUCAUUUCUGGGUCUUUUUUUUUUUUUUUUAAAUAAGCUGUAACAGUAACACUUUAUUUUACGGGUCCCAAUAAUUAUAUUCUUAGAAUCUCCUAGAAAGAAAUUGACAAGUUAAUGUAAAUUCAUAGAAAGUUUGGCUGAACAAAAACAACCAAUCAGAGCCCAGAAAGAUACUUGAUUGUUGAGUUUCAUUCCCAGGUCGUCGAAUACCGAUGCUGGGAGUGAGCCUCAACAAUCAACUACUGUCAGGAUAUAGUGAACGUUUCAGGAAAUAGGACAAAAAGUGAAUUUUUAUAAAAGUUACCUACUGCAGCUUUUAAAACUCCAGUGUGUAACAUAAAGGAGGAUCUAUUGGCAGAAAUUAAGUCUCAUAUUUAUUGGUAUGUUUUCGUCCUCCAUGGGGUCCGCCAUGGGUGAACCGCUGUGUUUCUACAGUAGCCCAGAAGGGACAAACCAAACACUUGCUCUAGAUAGGCCCUUUACACAGCCACCGUAAUUUCUCCUACACACUUCACUUCUCAUUCAAAUACAGAUGCGAGCAGUGUUCAGUGUUAUGCUUGUAAACUCAACUAAACUCUCUAUUUUCCCCGUAAUUAGCCCCAAAUUAAACAGCUCCUUCCUGGAAACUUUGAACAUUAUUAGGAGGAUUUUGGAUCCAUAAAAUAAAAUGUUACUGCUGUUAUCUGCUGUUUCUUUUGUUUACUGCGCUCCUGUGAUCUAAUGUGAACUUUUUAAUUUAUUAUUUUCUUUAUUUACAACUCUAGAAAAGAAAAAAAAGUAGCUUUCUUGGUGAUUGUUCUGCCUGCGCCUAUAAGAGCGAACAAUAACCAGCGUUGUACCUGGUGCUACGUUGGUGAAGGAAUUAUACAGCCGGUGAUUCAAGGUGCUAAAACAUAUUAGGAUUUUUUUGUAAUUGUAACCUUCAUUUCUUCAAAUAUACUUGAUUUAAUGUACGAUAGGUUAGAUGACUGUGAGUGAAUGUCAUAUUAAAGGGAAGUUCGCCGUUGCCCAAAAGACGAACUCUAUGUACUCGAUAAUGUAACGGCCUCCUGAUAUAUUCGCCCCGUGAAGCCAUGUAUGAUUAGAAGCUUUUUUCAGCAGCAGUUCUGUUGCUUUUUUGCUGCCUGACGUCCACUUGUCCUUGUCGAGCUUAAAACUGUGCACAUAGUUUGUAGAUGUCUAUAAAAAUUACGUUGAAAUGCACUUUAGAAUUGCACAAGUGUUAUCAAUACCCAUCUGACACUUUACAUUACUGUCUUCUGUAGUUAAUCAACGUGCGUGAUGUGCUACCGGAGCUGAAUAAUCUGCAGUAUGUAUGUACGAUCUGUGUUUUUACCUGUUUCAUGAUUGGACCUCAUGGUUUAUGUCAUUGCUCUGAGCCAUAAAACAUGAAGCAAGCUGAGUCGGCAGGUUUGUGUCUUUUUAACUGAGUCAGCCUGUUGUAAAAAAAAAUAAAAUAUGA